UCUUCCAAAGACACAACAUCUAGCUCUCUCAUGAAGCCAGCUUCUCUCUAGAUUUAUUUGAAGGCAACCCUGAAGAAAGAUCCCAGAAAAUGGAGGAUGCAGAGGGAUAUAUGUCAAUAGACAUUUCAAGGAGGACCUUACCUCUUCCCCCAAAGGCACAAGAUGCUCAUUCAAAAUGCUGGAAAAUCACCCUGGGAGUUUUGCUGGCAGGAAGCAUUGUUCUGAACGUGGUCCUAAUCACACUUCUACUAGUUUUCCGGAAUGGAAAUGUGGAAGAUGGUUCCUGCCCAUUGAAAUCACCCAAUUCCUGUGGAUGGGUCCCAGGCAAUUCAACAGACUAUGUGACUCUGGAUCGAGACACGGCUCAUCGACGGCUUGCCAUCUCUCAGGAUCAGAAAAGCGUCAGAUGGGGAGAUACGGAACAGAACCUCCCCAACGACACCAAGAGAUUCGAUACGCGUCUUUGGGUGCUGGGCCAGAAGGGAUUCAACUCAGGGAAACACUGCUGGGAGGCUGAAGUGAAGGGCAACGGGGAGUGGGCUGUGGGGGUUGCCAAGCAGUCUGUGAGGAGAAAAGGACCGACUGACUUUAGCACCAAGGAAGGCAUCUGGGGGGUGGGAGAAUAUUGGGGAACAGGGAACUACAUGGCUUUCACCUCUCCGCAUCACACACCACUUCGUUUUGACAAGAAGCCCCGGAGGAUUCGCGUGUUUCUAGAUUACACCCAAGGGCUGGUGGAAUUUUUCAAUGCUGAAACUAAGCUUUCAAUCUACACUUUCCAUCCAGUUUCAUUUUCUGGGGAAAUGGUCUAUCCCUGGUUCCGUGUGUGGGAAAAUACUGAACUUAUAUUGCACCCCUGAGGCACUAGCAUCGAAACAAAAAUGAUUCGUCUCUAGGGCCAGGAGAAGGCAACUUCUUGCCCUUCAGAUAUUGUGGACUACAGUUCUCACAAACCCUGGCUAUGGUGGCUGGAGCUUAUGGGAGUUGUAAUCCAAAACAUCUGUAGGGCACCAAGUUGCCAUCCUAAGCUCUGUGAUCCUGGAGGACUCCUCCGACCUGCCUCUUUGUAGAAAGACUUGCCACCACAGCCUCCCCCAAAAUAGAGGCCUGGACUUUGUGGGAGGUUAGUUCGUUUCCAUAGUUACAAACAGGAUCUUC